GUAUCUGUAUAAUUUAUUGUGUUCUGUCUGGCAGCAGGAAAGACCAACAUCAGGUAAUUGCUUUCAUGCAAUUUCUGUCAGCAGAAUCACUGCACUUUGCUAUUUUUAAUGAAAUAGCAAAUUGUUUAUAUUAAAAUUUGAUAUAGCAUGUACAUUAUCUCUAAUUUUACAAAUAAUAAUAAUAAUGCAUUUUGAGAUGAACUUUUUACAUACAAAUUAACAAUACAUAUGUAACGAAACUUAUCAUUGAUUAAUUUUAUUAUUCAAGUCUAAAGAAAACAAAAUAAUUAUUUUGAUGAAAUUUCAUCUGAGAGCAACUCAAAAAGUUAUCACUUUGUCACUCCUUGGGUUUCUUGAUUUUUGUAGAAAAACUUUUGCAGUGACCGUCUGUAGUGAAGGUUAACUAUGUCAAUCAGGCCACAUCUGCCAUCUUUAUGUGGAAGAAUAAAUCUUUCUUUGACGGAUUUAGGAUGAUGAUGAUUAUGUUUAGUAAGUGUUGUUGUUGUUUUCUUUUGGAGUUGCUGCAUUGUGAGGUUAUAGCUCCUGGGAAACCCUGGUGUGACAGUCUAUGGGCAUCUUUCAUGAGAUGGCAUCCCCUCGUUGGACCCCAUUGCUCACUGGGAGAAGAAUAAACAUUCUUCAAUAUGAAUUCAAUAAAACCUGAAAGAACAUGUACUGAUGCAUUGCCAUCAAAGGAUGUUAGUUUCUUUAACCAACCAGCUUACCUCAUUGUUCAUGCUACUGGAGAAACACCUCUCUAAACGUUCUUUCUUUUAUUCAAAAAUUAUUUGAAUUGACCAUUUGGCAUCUAAAAAAAUACAAAAAUUAAAGUCAGGAGAUUUGCUUGUAGAAACAGCCUCCCCUCAACAGUCAGCAAAGCUUUUGGUAACAAAGACUCUAGGAGAUAUGAAAGUCACUAUCACACAACACACAAGUUUGAACUCAUCACAUGGUGUGAUAUGAGAUUGAUCUGAUGUCUCAAGGGGAAUCAGCCUUUCAGACCAAGGUGUCACUGCAAUCUGACACAUCUCCAUUCAUCGAGAUGGCAAGUUAAUUUCUGCUAAACAUCUAAUCCAUUUAACAAACCAACCUUGCCAUUUUUCAUUACAGCAGGAUACCUGAACUGUCCAGUUCGUUCAUACAUUUCAAACCCACUGCGUUGUUUUAAAUGCCAGUGGUUUGGACAUUCACAAGUAUCCUGUUGAGGGAAGAAUGUAUGCUCACAGUGUGGAAUUGAAGGUGACCAGAGUACUAAGUGUACCACUACUCCGUGCUGUGUGAAUUGCAAAGACGCACAUCCCACCUACUCCCGGAAAUGCCCUGCAUGGCAGACAGAAAAAGAAAUCCAGCAUGUAAAAACAGUCAACAACUUACCUUAUUCAGAGGUGUGUCGCAUGGCUGUUUCAAGUGACCCACUAAAACAAAAGACAUUCGUUACUGCUUUCAAAUCCACAAAGACAUGUGGAAUUCAAACCGAUAUUUGUUUUCCCAAAAAGGUACAUACUGGGGUGCCUUUUUCUAUUUUAUAUUAUGGGUAAUAUUCCGAAGUGUAACAGGAACCUGUCCCUUUUUAUUUGGGGUGACUAGUAAAUGUGCUCCAGAAAGACCUUUUAUCUGUAAAGGAUGUGAUUCAAUAACUCCUAUCUCUUUACGGCUUUUCAUUCCCUUUAUUGUUGCCGUAACUAUGUUAUCUGACUGGGGAGGAAGUUUACAAGUCUCCAGUAGAAUUACUUCCUUUCCUUCUUCUUCGGUGGGUUUUUGUUUCUUUAUUUUAUCUACUCUAACUGUGAUCAUAGGAAUGUUAUCGGAGCCAGAAGUAAUUUUCCUGGGAGUAUCUAAUUAAAUUUUUCUGGUUCCUUUUCUUGGCAAGGGUAUUUAUUGUCCCUUUGUUUGAUUAGGUUAUACCCUACCUUUCUUCUGGGAAUAGGAGAACUAAUAAAGGGGAUAAAUGUAUGAGGAGGUAUUAUUAAGUGACCAUUUUGUAAAUCAGGUAGGAAUCCCUUUUCUACUAUCAUGUCCCUACCAAUUAACCCAUCACAAGGAUAAAUAACCUUGGCAUCUACUAUACAAUAAGGGAAGGUGAAACGUAACUCUCCAAUUUGAAAAAUAGGACUCAGAAUACCAUAGGUAUGUAUAGGGUGACCAGUUGCACUUCAUAAAUCAGUUUCCUGUUUGUAAUCAAUGGGCAACCUUUUCUGAAUCUGGUCAAUGAAAGUCUUUGAUAAUAGUGACACCUUGGCCCCAGUAUCCACUUGUAAUGUUGCUCGUAUAUCUUCUAUUUCCCCUACUACGGUAGGUUCAUUAUGUAUCCUUCUAACUUUUUCUGCUUCUGAAGGAUAACUUUCAUCUUGCUUUUUCCACGGAAUUAUGUUACCUGAACAAUAAUACCAACUAACUAUCCUCCUUUUAUUGUUUAAUCCGGUUCUAGGGGGCAUACUUCCUAUUUUACCCCUAUAUUGAUAUACUGGCCUAUAGUGCUCCUGAUUAUUUGUUGGCCUUAGCUCUCUGGGUUCCCUAGGAAUGGGUGCAAACCUUACUCUUGGUUGACCUCUUCCACCUGGGUGCUUUGGGACAGCUUGUUGGAGGGGAGCGGGUUUUUGUUGCUUUGGUGAGACAUUGGGUCUGGGCAUUGGCGUUAAAGGGAAAUAGUUAUCUUGAUAAUCUGGAGUAUCAAAUCGUCUCUUCCCACGAUUAGUAGAGUUGUACGAGUAUCCCUUACUUUGGAACCUUCCUGCCUGUUCAGGAUAUUGUCCUUCCCAUUGCCUUCUUCCCCUUAGUGCUGGAUUCUUAUUUAAGUUAUUGAAAUCAGUUCUUAAGGCUUUUACGACGGUUAUUAAUUGUUCCAUCUCUUGCCCCGAUUUGCCUACUGCCCUCUCCCUAAAUUGGGAGGGUUGAAGUGUCUCCUCCUCUUUUAUUACUUUCAGAAACCCAUGAGGACGGGAAGUCAAUAUUUCUAUAUUCUCCUCACUGAUGGCUACUUGCAAAUCUUGGUCGAACAUCUCCAUUUCUGGACAUUACCCGUUGUCUAAUUUUCAUAUCUAUCCCUGAUAAGAAUUGUACUCUAAGCCGCUCAUCUAAUUCUUUUUCUUUUACCCUUUUUAUAAUUGCUAUUUCAGUAUCACUAGCUCCCUCAUGUUCGAUUUCCACCUCUGCAUCUAAAGACUGUAACCGUACAGCAUAAGCUUGUACAGUACAUCCUCAUCUCGCACUUGUACACAGGCAUAAAAUUUCUGAAGCCUAUAUGUAUAUGGAAUCUAUUCAAAGCGUUUUAUCAUAACCUUCUUAAAGGUCUCAAAAUCCUCUACAUCUUUAAUUCGCCGAUCCUUUCGAGCAAAUUCUCGGGCAGUGCCAGUUAACUUUAACUGUAAAGAUGCCCAUCCUGCCUAUUCCCGGAAAUGCCCUGCAAGGCAAAGAGAAAAGGAGAUUCAACGGGUGAAAACUGUAAAAACUUAUCAUACCCAGAGGCCCGUCGCAUGGUCACUCCAAGUGCACCAUUAUAGCAAAAGACAUUUGCUAGUGUGUUGAAAUCCACUAAGUCAGGUGGGGUUCAAAUAGAUAUUUCUGUAUCCCCAAGUGAAUCUGUUACUCAACAUGCAAAAUGCUUAUUAAUCCAUCUGCACAAUCAGAAGAAAAGGAGAACACAAAGACCAAAACCUCUGUAACUAAAACGGGAGUAACAACCAGAAAUCUGAAUUCUAAAAAAGCCAGUAAGAACCCACUUAACAAACAAAGAGUGAAAGCAGCCCUCUCUAAAGUCUCAAAAAAAUCAGAAGCUCAAUCUAUGAGUGAGUUCUCUGACAUAUCUGAUGAAGAGCCUUAUAUGGAGGUUUCAAAAUCAAAGUCACCUCCAAAAGUGAAACCGCCUGUUAAAUUAAAGAGUGAUACCCUCGCAAAGAAUGCUGCCUCAAACACAUAAUGGAUUAUAAAAUAAUACAAUGGAACUGUCGUGGUUUCCGCAACAACUUCUCUGACAUUAAACACUUGACAUCAUCUACCUCAUCUCUCUGUGUGGCACUCCAGGAAACCCAUCUAAAACCUGGAGAAAAUAUUUCUCUCAAAGGAUUCAAUCUUUACCGCAAGGAUGAAGAUAGCCACAACUGAGCCAUUGGCGGUGUGGCUAUUCUGGUUUCCAAUUGAAUCCCAUCUUUGCUGGUACAAAUAACCACUGAUUUACAAGCUGUGGCAGUCAGAAUUUCUAUUGGAGUAACUGUCACAGUUUGCUCUAUAUACUUGCCACCAGAUGUCAGAGUCAAGAAGGAUGAAUUGGAUGCCUUGGUUGAACAGCUGCCAACACCAUUCCUUCUACUGGGUGAUUUCAAUGGCCACAAUCCUAUGUAGGGAAGUCCUGACAUUAAUUGUUGAGGCGGAGCCAUUGAACGACUCAUAGGCAAUCAGCAAAUGUAUUUAUUUAAUACUGGAGAUGCGACAUACUUCCAUGCCCCAACAAGAACUUUCACUGCCAUUGAUUUAUCAUUAGCCACUCCGAAUCUGUUUUCAUUAUUUUCAUGGGAGGUUGGAUCCAAUCCACUCUAUAGUGACCACUUUCCAAUAUUUCUAUAAUAUCAAGGCAGAGAAAGCUGUGAAACAGCCCAUCUACCAUGCUGGAAACUGGAAAUGUCAGAUUGGCCUGGAAUCUCCUCUUUGGCUAACAUCACUGAGGAAAUGGUCAAUACCGCUGAUAUCAAUGACGCAGUUGAAGUUGUCACUUCCAGUAUUAUUCAGGCAGCUGAGAAAACAAUAGGAAAGACAUCAAUAAGAUACCCAAAGCAUUCGAAACCAUGGUGGAACCAGAACUGCGAGGCAGCAUUUAAAGCACAAAAGAAAGCAUGGGGAAUUUUUAGAAGAUACCACACUGCUAAAAAUUUAGUUGCUUUUCGAAAGGCAAAUGCCAGAAGAAUAAGAAGGCAAAGCCAAAGGGAUCCUUGGAGGAAGUAUGUUUUUAGCAUAACAUCUUCCACUAGCUCAAAAGCAGUCUGGGAUAAAAUCCAUAAAAUCAAUGGAAAAUAUGCUUCUUACUCUGUCUAUGCUGGAAAAGAAUGGCACAAUAAUCAGCGAUAUACAGGGUAUUGCUGAUACGUUGGGUGAAACCUUUUCUUAUUCUUCUAGCAAUAUUAUGUAUUCAAGGAAUUUUCAGGUUUAUAAAUUGCAAAGUGAAAAACAAUAUUUAAACUUUCAUUCCUCAUGUAAUGAGGAAUAUAAUGUGCCAUUCACCAGCAUAGAACUACAUACAGCAAUCUCUCGCUCGGGGAAUAUUGCUGUAUGCCCAGAUAAAAUACACUACAGCAUGAUUAAAAAUCUUUCAGACAAUUCUCUUUGUAAUGUUCUGAAUAUGUUUAACAGAAUAUGGACAGAACAUAUUUUUCCCGACUUUUGGAGGCUAUCUAUCAUUAUUCCCAUUCCCAAGCCUGGUAAAGACCACAAGAAUCCCUCUAAUUACAGACCAAUCUCUCUGACAAGUUGCCUGUGUAAACUCUUUGAGAGGAUGGUAAACAGACGUCUGAUGUAUCUCUUAGAGAAAAAUGAAUACUUUUCACCACAUCAGAGUGGUUUUCGUAGGAACAGAAGUACCACUGAUAACUUAGUAAACCUUGAAACAUCUAUACGCGAAGCGUUUGUUAGACGACAGCACUUAGUGUCUGUAUUUUUCGAUAUAGAGAAGGCCUAUGAUCGCUGUUGGCGAUACGGGAUACUCCGUGAUCUGUACGAAUUCGGAUUGCGGGGUAAUUUGCCGAUUUUUAUAAAAAACUUCCUACAGAAUCGAAGAUUUCAUGUCAGGAUGGGCAACACUUUAUCUAGGCCUUUCACACAACAAGAAGGUGUUCCUCAAGGCUCUAUUUUGAGUGUGACUCUGUUCCUAAUUAAAAUUAACAGCAUAGCUAACUGUCUCCCUCCCAGUGUGAAACACUCUUUGUAUGUAGAUGACUUUCAGAUCUCCUGUCAGUCUAGUAAUAUGAGUUUCAUUGAGAGACAACUUCAAACUUCCCUAAAUUGCAUAUAUGAUUGGUCCAAGACCAAUGGGUUUACGUUUAAUGCAGCGAAGACAUCGUGCAUCCACUUCUGCCGAAGGCGUGGUUUGCACCUGGAUCCUGAAAUUCACCUAAAUGGGGAUAAAAUUCCAAUGGUGAAUGAGGCUAAGUUUUUGGGUGUUUGUUUCGACCAAAAACUGACAUUUUUGCCACAUUUGCACAACUUGAAGAGUAGAUGUCUAAAAUCUCUGAACCUUUUAAAGGUACUGUGCUGCUCAUCCUGGGGAGCAGACAAAGUUUCUAUGCUCAGGAUUUAUAGGGCCCUUGUUUGCUCUAAGCUGGACUACAGUUGCAUUGUUUAUAGCUCUGUGCGAGAAUCUACUCUUCGGAUGCUGGAUCCAAUUCACCAUCAAGCACUGCGUUUGUGCACUGGUGCUUUUCGAACUUCUCCUGUACAAAGUCUGUAUGUGGAUGCUUAUGAGCCUUUACUAUCUCUCAGGAGAGAACAGUUGGUCUCUAUUUUACUUUAUAAAACAGAAAUCUUUACCAUUGGGGAUUCGUUGUGUGCAAUACCUCAUAGAAUUUAUCUUAUAAAGCUAGAGGUUUGUAGUAUAUCUCCUUGGUCAACGCCUGUGAUAAAUGUUGACUUUAACUUAAAGCAAUUUCCAAAGGAAUCCACCCCAGACUACGUCUACAGACAGCACUUUGCAGAAAUUCAACACAGUGACAGGAAUUUAAUUCCUAUUUAUACAGAUGGAUCUAAAUCUGAUGAUUACGUUGGCUCAGCCUUCGUCUGCCAGGAUGAUAUCAUGGCAGAACAAAUUGCAUUGAAUUUUUCCAUCUUUUCUGCAGAGUUGCAUGCUAUUUAUUUAGCUUUAAAGUAUAUAAAUAGGAAAGGUUAUUGUUGCUGUGUUAUUUACACUGACUCAGUUAGUGCACUUCAAGCUUUGAACUCAUGUGAUCCUAGUUCUCACUCCAUAGUGAUUAAAAUUCGUAAACUGUUUUGCCAUCUUAUUGCGAGUAACUUCUUUGUAAAAUUUUGUUGGGUCCCAGGCCAUGUAGGUAUAAAAGGAAAUGAAGAAGCUGAUGCAGCUGCAAAGGCAGCUAGUCCUUCACAGCAUGAAAUGUGUAUUGAAGGAGGUGAUUUGAAGAUAGUUGUUAAAAAACGACUUGCAGAGAGAUGGCAAAAUGUGUGGAAUGCACAAAUCCAGAAUAAACUAUACGAGAUCAAACUUACGAUAGAAAAUUGGACAUGCAACAAACAGUAUGACAGGAGAUCUGAAGUUAUUCUUAGUUGUUUGAGAAUUGGGUAUACUCGGUUGACUCAUCAAUACCUUUUGAACGGUGAAGACCAGCCAGUAUGUGAGUAUUGCAACUGCUUUCUAAGUGUAAAACGCAUACUUUGCCACUGCAUUGCUCUCGAUCAAAGUCGUAGACAGCAUUUCGGAAAUACAAGUUUGAGAGAGAUUUUGGGCCAGAGGCCAAAUCUGGACAACAUAGUGGACUUUCUGAAAGUCAAUAAUAUGUAUAGAGAUAUUUGAUUUCUUAUUUAUUUAUUUACUUAUUUUAGAGUUUUAUUUACCUUGUUUUUGCUUAGUUAUCUUGUUGUAUAUAUCUGUUGUUUUUUAUUUAUUUAUUUAUCUAAUAAUGUCUUAUGUUUGUUAGUGUGGUGAUUAAAAUUUUUACCAUUUGCCCUGGCACAGCUUAGCCUACAUGGCUCUUGUGCCAAAAAACUAAAACAAACCAACCAACCAUGAGUAAGGCAUCUGCCAGUGAUGUUCUAUAUGUUUUGCAUAUACGAAUGGCUGCCUUCCGUUGUAUCAAAAUAAGUUUUCUUUUAUUGUGGAUUUUGUCCACUGUCUCUCCCCAUACUUGAACACCAUAUAGAACUAUUAGCUCUAUGGCUUUUUUGUAUAUUAAUUCUGUGUUCCUUGGAUUCAUUCCUUAUGUAUUUUUACUUACUUGCUCAAUAAGAUCUACUUUUUCUGUCAUUUUCCUAUAUGUUUCCUGUAUAUUUGAUCUUCAGUUAAGUUGGCUGUUGAAAAAUAUCUCCAGAUACUUGAUAUAUGGUACGUUAUUAACAUUUUUUUCAUCUACUUUUAUGCCGAUAGGUUUUUUUUAGUUGUCUCCUUUGUUUUUGCGAGUACAAACUAUUGCUUCGCAUUUAUUAUGAUUUAUUGGUUGUUUGUUCUUAAUGUGGGUAACCGGACUAAAGGUAGUCUUUUCUCUAGGUCGGCAAUGGUGUAAUAAAAACCGCCCACUUGUCACGGAAUGGCAAGGUCGAUGUUACUAUCCCGUGAAGUUGGGACGCGCUUUAUCAGGACAGUAAAGGAGAUGGAUGGGUUGUUUGUAAGGCGUUGGCGAUACUUGAAUAUACGACACCAAGUAAGCAACAAAAACAAAAAUUUAAUAAUUUCUCUUAAACGUAAUACAUACUGGAACGUCGGGUCCAACUAUGCUAGUUAUAACCUUUCGCGACAUACCAAGUGAGAGUUUACAUGCUUAGUGAUCAUACCUCUUGGUGAGUUCUAUUUUGGUUUUGACAAUAAACUUCUUGUCUAUUUCGGUGAAGGAGCGACGAUCGAUUGGUCCCUCGGGUCGGAUGACAAUCCGGGCUGUCUCAAUCGGGUGUUGAUCGGUGCGCCAUUCAAGUGAUUCCUCUGACCCCAUUUUCGGAUAGUACUCCCUAUGUAUAUUAGGGGUCACACAAUUUCAGUUACCAAUUGUGCCUUUCAGUGAUGACUUUUUCGUGACUCAGAUUGAGAAUUCAGUGAGAAAGGAAGUAUCUUCCGGCAAAAGAAGGAUGAGCAGAGAUUUCGUUCAGAGAUUCUGAUAUGAUCUGGUACGGGGGGGUUUUACAAGAAAAUUCUAUAUGGCUGGGCCUGCUAUUCGGACCCUCACAUCACAUUUGUCUUUCCAAAAUCAUACUAGUAUUUAAAGGCAAGUUCAAUUUUUAAUUUGUUUAAGAGGGUGACACACUCUUACAUAUAAGCGGUUAUAAAUAUAAAUACAAAAAUGGUUGUACAGGUAACCCCAUAUAACACAGCACUUCUAUAGCACGGAUUCACUCUAACACGGUUUGAGAAUUGGGAACAUACUCCGUAUAGCACGGGUUUACUCUAACACGGUUUGGGAAUUGGGUAAAACCCUCGUACAACAUGAAAUGUAAUAAAGGGUGCAUUCUUUUAUACAUCCACAUAAUUCCGCGCGAGCAUUCUAAUUGUUUUCAUGGCUACUUUGAAUGCUCUUUCAACAAAUAAUCCAUUUAAUGGUUAAAUUAUACAAUUGGGACCUUUCUUUUGCCUCUAAAAGCUCAUUUUAGAAUUAUAGCGUCCUCCAUAUGAUACUAUUGAUAGUGCGGGCGCCGCCAUCUUUCUUUCACUGUCAUUCCUAAAUGCCUACAAAUAGCAGUGCAUUCUCAUUGCAGAGCGACUGCUAUUAACGAACGCUCCCAAAAACUGUUACCAGUUAAUGAUGAUCAUGCUGAGAUCAUCAUAUAAAAUGAAUAAUCCUCUGGUAAAAUAUUUGCUUAAAUAAUAAAUAAGUAUUUUACCUAUGAAAAAAAAUGAAUAAUAGAUCCGAUUUAAAUGAGGAUUUUAACAACAUGUUUUUUUAAUUUUUGGAACCUAACCCCCCCUUUUCACACUAGUUCUUUUUUGUACAAAAGGGAUUUGCAUAACACGGCAAUUUUUUGGAACCUAACUUCCCU